AUGGCAGACACCCGUAAAACCGUCGCCAUCAUAGGCGCCGGCCCAUCAGGCCUCAGCACCGCGCGCUCUAUGCUAGCCCGCAACAUCACGCCUACGCUGUUCGAAGCCAAGCCCACCAUCGGCGGGCUCUGGUCCUCCUCCAGCACGGCGGACAUCCUUGCGCUCGAUCCGGGGCUGACAUUGAACCACUCGCGGUACACAUGCUCCUUCUCGGACCUUGCCUGGCCAGAGACGGCGUCCAUGUUCCCGCCCGUGAUGGAGAUGGGCAAGUACCUGCAGCGCUACCGCGAAAAGUACAUCCCCGAGUCGGCGCUGAGGCUGUCCUGUCCCGUCACGAAGAUCACAAAAGAGGAUGAUGGCAGCUGGAGAGUCGAGUGGGGGGGCAAGGUAAAAGAGGAAGAUGGCGCAGAGAAGUUCGACUUCCUGGCCAUAUGCUCCGGCUUCUUCUCGGCGCCCUAUGUCCCACCCAUCCCCGGCCUCUCGAGCUUCAAAGGCGAGGUCGUCCAUUCUGCAGACUUUUCAAAGCUGAACACAAAGGGCAAGAAGAAGAUUGUCGUCGUCGGCGGGUCAAUGACCGGCAUUGAAGCCGCCGCAGAUAUUGCGCUGCAGCUCUCCUCGCAACCAGUCGAGGGGUCGGAAAAGCCGGAAAUCGUGCACCUCUUCUCACGUCCGUUCUGGAACCUGGCAAAGUUCUUUGCGGUCCCGAACGAGGAGGAUCCGACGGCGCCGCGCUUCCUUCCCCUGGACCUCCUGAUGUAUGACUUCAAUUCGCGGCUUGCGGAGGUGGGAAAACCGCCAAAGUCGAUGGAGGAGAUCACAAGGGCAAUGAGUGAGAAAAUGAAAGGGUUUGUAGGGCACGACCAGGCGGAGCUGUCCCCCGAGAUGCAGGUAUCGGAGAAGUAUAUGGACCAGAUGCCAUGGGUCGCCAUCUCGGACUCGUACAGCAGCUUUGUGCGCGAGGGGGCCAUCAAGACCGUCCUUGGGCGUGUGGCGGCCAUGGAUGGAAACACAGUCAGGCUGGAGCAGGGCGAGGACUACAGCGAGACAGAGAUCACAGACGCAGACACUGUGAUACUAGCGACCGGCUACCAUCCCGCCUCCACUCUCAAGAAUAUGCUGCCCGAGGAUAUCUACACCGCCCUGACCUCCUCCUCGACGCCCAUCCCCGAAGACCCAAACUUUGCGCCCCUCCUCCUCUACAACCUCUGUCUCCACCCGGUCUUCCAACAGACCGCCGGCUUUGUCGGAAUGUAUAAGGGGCCCUACUUCGGCAUCAUGGAGCUGCAAGGCCGCUGGCUCGCUGCCCUCUUCUCCGGGCAGGCCCCCUGGCCCAGCACCGAGGACAUGACCACGGCCAUCACCGAUCUCGCCGCCGUGCGCACAAAACGUACCGACACCGCCGAAACCACUUUCCGCCCGCAAUGGGCCGCCGGCGACUACAUCGGCGUCGUCAACGGCAUCCGCGAGCGCCUAAACAUCCCCUCCGCGCCCUCCCAAACUUCCUUCUUCCCCAACACAAUGAUCCCCGCCCACUUCGCCCCCGCCGACAGCCACGACGAAUCCAUAAAAGCGCUCUCCGACCUCCAAUCCCUCCUCCCCCCCACGCCCACCACCAAGUUCACCGCCGCUGCCGUUUUCCGCGGUCUGCAGGGCCGCUGGUCCCUCUCUCGCCGCAUCACCUCCCGAAACACCACCUUCCCCAGCGGCGUCUUUACUGGCACCGCCAACUUCCACCCGCGCGAAGCCACCUUCACCUCCCUCGUCCAGCACACCACCGCCACUGGCCCCGCAUGCACCACGACAAACCUCUCACACACCGCGCCUCAAAAAACACCCGGCGGCGAGUGCGUCGAGUAUCUCUACAGCGAGACAGGCACCUUCCUCACCGACACGGGCUUCACCAUGACGGGUGCGCGAAGCUACAUCUACCGCUACCAUCCCCAGGAGGACACCAUCACUGUGUGGUUCGUCAAGACGGAUGGCAGCGGCGACGUGGAUUAUUUCUUCCACGCUCUCGAGUUUCUGCCUGCUGGUGCCGAUACUACGAGUGCCGAGGCUGGGGCUGCGGGUGGGAACAGUGGGGGUAGUGAGGUCGAUAUGCCCGGCGGCUGGAAGGCAAAGAGCGAGCAUCUGUGUGUCAAGGAUUGGUACUGGCCGAGUUACAGGUUUGUAUUUAGGCCGGGGGCGCCGGACCUGGAGCGGUUCUGGAUCAGGUAUAGGGUGGAGGGGCCGAAUAAGGAUUAUACGGCGGAGGCGAGGUAUAGCAGGCCUUGA